AUGAAGCCCUACAAAUCUCCGGGUUCGGAUGGGUUACAUGCUGGUUUUUAUCAGCGUUUUUGGCUCACAGUGGGGGAUUCGGUGAAGAAGGAAGUUAUGAGGGUUUUUCUUGAUAGUAAAGUGCCGAAUUAUCUCAACAAAACUCUUAUUGUUCUCAUCCCAAAAAUCCAAUGGCCGGAGUCUAUUGGGAACUAUAGGCCUAUUAGUCUUUGUAACUCUGUUUACAAGAUCAUUUCCAAAGCCAUUGUUAAUCGGCUUAGACCUCAUUUGGAGAACAUUGUCUCUCCCUUCCAAAUAGCAUUCAUUCCGGGUAGGAGAGGCACGGAUAAUGUUAUCAUUGUGCAAGAAUUAAUCCACACCAUUGGUCGUGCAAAAGGAAGGAAAGGGUACAUGGCUAUCAAGAUUGAUCUAGAGAAGGCCUAUGACAGAAUUGAGUGGAGUUUUAUCAGGGAAAUGCUUGUUAAGUUCAACUUUCCUAGCAAGCUUACAGAUAUUAUCAUGAGUUGUGUCUCUUCGGUUUCAACUUCUCUCCUCUUCAAUGGGGGCUGCUUAGAAUCCUUCCAGCCGUCUAGAGGCAUCAGACAAGGGGACCCGUUAUCGCCCUAUCUAUUCAUUCUCUGUAUGGAAUAUUUGGGUCAUCUAAUUGAAGAUAAGUGUGCUGCCAAGGCUUGGAUUCCAGUUAAAACUUCAAGGAGUGGGCCUUCCUUUUCGCAUCUUUUCUUUGCAGAUGACCUGGUUUUAUUUGCCGAGGCUGAUAUGGAAAAUUGUAUUGCUAUUAAUGAAGCUCUUCAGGAGUUUUGUUCUAGAUCAGGGGUUCGGAAGCAUGAUUUUGAUUUUGUGCUAGAUAGAGUAAAGAAAACGUUAGCGGGUUGGAAAGCUAAUUUACUCUCCAUGGCUGGCCGGUUGGUGCUUAUCCAAGCUGCUUCCUCUACCAUUCCAAAUUAUGUCAUGCAACAGGCUUCGCUCCCAAAUAAAAUCCUCAAGGGCAUUGAUAGGGUCAAUAGGAACUUUUUACGGGGAUCCUCUGAUCAUGCUAGGAAAAUGCAUUGGGUCAAUUGGGAUGCUAUAACUAAGCCAAAGAAGUUGGGAGGUCUGGGAUUGCAAUCGGCUAAAGGCAGGAAUACAGCUCUCCUUGCCAAGCUUAACUGGAGAUUUCACACUGAGAAUGAUGCUCCUUGGGUCAAGGUUCUUAAAUAUAAAUAUUGUACGAGGCAGAGAAUCAACUCGAGGAAUGAAGCUAAUCUCCCAAGCUCCCCUACUUGGAAAGGUAUGAAGAUAGGUGAGGAUACUUUCAAGAAAGGGUUAAAGUGGAUUCCAGGGCACGAGAGCAACCUCAAUUUUUGGGCUGAUUGCUGGUCUAAUCUUGGCUCCAUUAGAGCCCUCAUUCAGGGUCCCCUCCCUCUAGACUCGGCCACCCUCAAGCUUAAAGAUGUGAUUUCUAUGGGAAGAUGGGAUUGGUCGAAGAUCCCUUUCAACCUCCCUUUAGGGAUUAGAGAGGAAAUCCAAGCAACCCUGAUUCCUCUUAUAGCAAGGAAUAAUGAUAAGUUGGCAUGGAAAUUUUCUCCAAAAGGGAGUUUUGACAUGGGGAGUGCUUAUCUUAUUGCCUCAAAUCUUAUGGAAGCAGAAUCUUUUGCUGGAUCUUGGAUUUGGAAACUCUAA